CGUUCGUUAGGUCGAUUGGCUGCCCGGUUUGCGGUUGUUUGUCUUUUCUUUCUCUUUUCGGGUUUCCCACUUCUGCACUUAUUACAGCGGACCUCCCAGUCAUCCACUUCUUGUCCCACUUUUUUAUCUGGCCUUAUUCUGCCUGCGUUGAAUCUUCACACAAGAUUAUCACGGACACUGCAUUUGUACUAUAUAUAAACCCCUCCUUUUUCUCUCAAUUACAUUUAAACCUGGAAGAACAAGACAGAUAAGAUAAUCAUGUCCUCUUCGCAUCCCCGCCAAUCGAGCGUAGAUCUCGAUUCUCCGGGUCGUCCGUUCGACAACAUUAUCAAUUUCCGGGACGUUGGGCGUACGAUUAACCAGUUGAUUGGGAAGAGGGUGUUGAAAGAGGGUAUCCUCUUUCGAAGUGCAAGGCUAGACGAUGCCUCUGAGCGCGACAAACGCCGCCUCGUAGACGAAUUCCAUAUCUCAACGGUCGUGGAUCUAAGAUCAAGUACCGAACAUCAAAUAGCCACCAACAAGCGUUUAGCUGAACUAGCUGCUGCUGCUACCGCUUCAUCAACAGAGUCGCCAUCAUCAACAGAGUCACCUGAAAGACAAUCAUCAACACCACCAGCACCAGCACCAGCACCAGCACCAGAACCAACAGCAUCAACAACAUCAACAACAUCAACAGACAUCCACCUCCCCGAUCUCCCAACCGUCACUCGCUUCCCCGUCAGCUUAACAGGAAAAGCAUUCGAGCGGACGCUUCUGUGGCGGUUAGAUUGGUGGAAUUUCUUCAAAGUCCUAGCCCUAGUAGCAUCAGGCUACCGCCCCGCAGCCGUCCAAAUAGUCGGACAGCAAGUCAUGUCUCCGCGUGGAUUAGUCGGACUAGGCAUGGAUACAUUGGAUAGUAGUUAUGGGGAGAUGAAGACGUUAUUUGAUCUAUUCUCUUCUGUUACAUCCAAGUCGUCCUCUACCUCUACCUAUACCUCUACUGCAGAUGGCAGCGAUGAUGAGAAUGAGACCGAGGAUAGUAGUAGUGCCUAUCCAAUUCUCAUCCACUGCACGCAAGGUAAAGAUCGCACGGGUCUGAUCAUCCUUCUUUUGCUUCUGCUCGUGGCGGAUGUGGUACCGGAGGAGGUGAUGAGGGAGGAUUAUCUCCGGUCUGAGGGUGAAUUGGUCAUUGAGAUGGAGGAGCGCAUGAAGGAGGUGAGGUUGUUGGGGUUGUCGGAGGAGUAUACCAAGUGUCCGCGGCACUUUGUGGAGACGAUUCGGGCGCAUUUGGAGGAGAGGUAUGGUGGGGUGCAGGGGUAUUUGGGGACGGUUGGGGUGGGGAGGGAGCAGGUUGAGAGGAUUAGGGAGGUGUUGUUGGCUUGA